AUGUCAUUCUUUCUUGUCAGUAUUUUCCUUAAUUUUACCCACUAUCGUUCCCAGACCAUCCCCAACCUAGUAUUUUCAAACGACCCUCUUCCAGCUCCUCCAUUACCUGACCUCAAUCACGCCAUUAUCGUCGCUGGACACGCCAUCUAUUCUGGACCCCCAGACUUUAACAGUGUUACCCAGGAUGAUUACUGGAUUCUUGAAUCAUUCCAAAAGAAUGGUCAGGUCCCUACAUUCAUUCAACACAUCGACCGUGGAUUAGUUGCUGCAGAAAAAGAUCCUGAAUCUCUCUUGAUUUUUACAGGUGGUCAAACACGUCCUUUAGCUGGUCCACGUUCAGAAGCUCAGUCAUACUGGGAGAUUGCAGAAAUACUAUCUACAAAGAAUAUUAAUUUUACACAACAAAACUUGAUGGAUCGAGUUGUUACUGAGGAGUUUGCUCGAGAUUCUCAGGAAAACCUUCUAUUUUCACUCUGUCGAUUCUCGGAGAUCACCGGUCAGUAUCCGUCGCGGGUGACGGUGAUUGGAUUUGAGUUUAAGCGGAAGCGGUUUCUGGACAUUCAUCGUGCGUCGGUGCGUUAUCCGAUAGAAAGAUUUGAGUAUAUUGGAAUCGAUCCACCCUACAACCCUGGGGGUGUGUCGGAAUGGAUAACAGGAGAAGAACUCAACUCUUAUGGACCAUUCCAAAAUGAUAUUUACGGUUGUCGUGAUGGCUUAAGACAGAAGAAAUUGGAUAGAAAUCCAUUUCGACGAAGAAAUGCAUAUCGAUACUCAUGUCCUGCUCUGGUUGAUCUACUCAACCAUUGCCCUACCAAUAACAAAAUCUUCGACGGUCCUCUUCCAUGGGAUGGUGGCUCGAUAUAAAGAAUUAAAGAGAGAGAAAAGGAAAAAAGGCAUUUUUUAUACACCCAAGACACCAUUAUUUAUUAACUAAUUUUAUAUUAUCAAUGGAAUUUUGCACUAGUUUAUGAUGGUCUUGCGUCAAUAACAAUAUUGAUUUGUACUCAUAGAUAAAUAUACACACAAGAGUACGCUAAUUAUUUUGGACGGGUUUAAGAGUGAAGUGUACGUAAAGGCACACUCAUAUACAAAGUUUUUUUUUGGAAAUAAACUGCUCUUUGAUUACGGUU